AGUAGCUCGUUGUAACCAGAGCACAGAAUUAGGAAAAAUAACAUAGGGUAGACUAAAUCAACGUUGAACACAAAUAAAACUAUGCCGUCCAAUAAGGUCCUUGCCAUUAGUGGCGCAGUCGUGGCGACAGCGGCAAUUAUCGGCACCGUGGCGGUUGUGCGCGCGCAACGAAAGAACAACGAGGAGGACGACGAUGUGUUUUCAACCCCAUCAAGCAAAGUUUUGCAGUCGAAGAGGCAGCAGCCCACCGCUGCGCAGAACGCCGCACCGAAGGCUUCGCCGAAGCCCGCCGCUGUUGAACCGGCGGCGACGAAGGAAGCUCCUUCCGCGGUUGAAAAGGUGAAAGUCGUCGAUGGCCCCGCAAAGGUGGAGCCAAAAGCACCAUCUGAACCAGUCGCUCCUGCGGAUGCGGGGAUCUCGCUGCUAGAUGAGGCUUUGAACGAACUGGAGCCGGCCGCGCCGGCGGCUCCGCCCGCCCCUCCUGCUCCAGAGUCCAAGAUAGAGAGCAAGACUGCGAAGCCUCCAACCGCGGUGGACUUUGCCGACCGUAAGGCCUUCAAUCACCUUGGCAUCGCCAUGAAGGUGCCGAAUGGCUGGGACGUACGCGAAGAGCUGUCUCCCAUUCCCAACGUUGCGAUGGUGACGGUGUGGAACCCGGAGUUCGAGAACUUUCCCAACGCCGAGAUGCCAGGCGCUGUCCCGGUCAUCAUCCUGUCGGUAGAGGACAUUCGCGGAGAGAAUCUGAAUCUCACUGAGUUUAAGGAGCGGUCGAAAGAUCUGUCGAUGCAGCAGAUGCUCAUGAUGACCGGCGGUGUCGUGCAGCCCAUGGUCCGAAAGGAUAGCAGCGUGCAAGAAGGUCCGUUCCGCCAUAUCUUAGAGUAUGCGCAGAGCAUGCCGCCGUUCUUUGAUCUCUCGGUCAUCAACCUGCUGGAGGUGCGCAACGGCGUUGCGUACGUUUUUCAAAUCAUGUGCAACCCGAAGAUCAUGAACGAGUACCGACCCAUCUUUCUGCAGCUUGCCCGCGACACGCUCGUGACGCCGAUGGACUCCAGCGCAUUGGGCUUCUACCGUGUCCACACCGGCGAGGUGGCGGUGGAUAUCGACACGACAUGGAGCUGGUCCUACCCUUCGGCUGAUGAGACGGCUUCCAGUCCGUUCCUCGCGCAAUUUCAGCUCGCCUCCACUGUGAAAAAGGAGGAAGUGACGCUGUACGAGGAGGACAAGGUGCCAGUGACGGAGCACAAGCUGCGGAACAAGAAGACGGUCGACGGCGUCACAAUUUGCUCCGCGUUCGACGGGGCACAGGAGAAGAAGACGCUGUCGUACAACAACUACGUUCUCGUGGUGCGCCCGCAGCAGAAGGCCAUCUCGUACUUGUCGGAGACCAGUCUCGUGCGGACCAUCAAGAGCGUGGCCCCGUCGUCAGAGGAGCGGCGCCCGAAAUCCGGCGCUACGUUUGUCACUCCUGAGUAUGGCUACCAAUUCGACGUGGUGGGCGGGAGUCGCGUGGUGUCGACGAAGCUGGGCAACGGCACCGUCGUGUACGCGCCGCAGGGUAUCCCUGCCGAUCCGUCUAAGGCAGUCUCGCCCGAGGAGCAGGGCCCGACAGUCACUAUUCGCAUCGGCAAACCGGAGACAGACCCGGAUUGCAUGGGAAGCAUCGCAGAGUGGCGCAGCCGCAUCGAGGAGGAGGCGGCAAACGGCAGUAUUACCAGCAUCCAGGUGGUGAACCUGAAAGGUCAGGAGUGCCUCACGUUCAUGUCGAAGGAAAUGCAGGAGGUAUCGCCGAACGAGAAGGUGGAGGUGAGGGGCAAGGUGUUCAUCUUCGUCCGCGACGGCGUAACAACGCUGGUGCGUUGGGAGAGCGCGACCGGUACGUGGCGCAAGUACGAGCGGGACAUGGAUGCGUUCCUCGCCUCGUUCGAAUUCAUCGAAGACUCCGCGUAA